AUGGGCUUGUUGACAUACCUCAGUGUCUUAAGCCAGGUGGCUUUGUUAGCUGCGGCGGCCUCUUCCCACGUUGUGACAGACCCUUACGUUGCCACACAAUGGAAUGCCUGUCCUUCGACGUGCGAGAGUGCCAAUCCAAACGACUGGGACUUCUAUUCCGAUCUACGCAUUCUCAAAUCAUGCGAUGAGCCAAUGCUCCUGAACCUGGUGGUGAGCAAUCCCACUGAUGACCCCAAUAUUCGCCAACCGUUGUAUGCCUGUUCAACAUCCGGUGUAGACAAAAUUGGGACUUCGACGGCCGAAGUCCUCGAUAUGCCAAGUGCCACACGUUACUCGACCAAAAAUGUCCAGAUGGAGACUGCGUGGCGUGGAGAGGAAACGAGCCAGUACUCAUCUCAUGCAGAAGUCGCAGCUCAACUUGUACAAUCUCAUUUCGAUGCCCCUGUCAAUCAGAAUGCCACCAUUGCUAUGGGCUACUCGAAUGGAGUCGCCUUCGGAGCAUUAUUGGCUCCAAGAUGGAGAAGAGCAAGGACAAGAGCGUCCUCCAAUCCUUCGUUAAAGCUUCUCAAGGAGAACUGCACAAAUCUGGCAUAA